AAUUAACAACGCCAUGCAUUGCAUUGAAUGUGGACACCUCCUUCCCAAGAUUUGUGAUGAUACGGUCUGCUCCAACUGCAAAACCCCGGUGGCGACUUGGUGGGAUGAGACGUCGCAAACCUUUCGAACGAAUCGAGAGAUUCCAUAUUCUCCCACCUCGGGCGUCGGGAUCUGGGGAAGCGUGGCAGCCGACAAGAUGACUUCGAGGCCGAACACGCAGACGAUUGAGGAGCGGACGUUUUGCGCGGCGUUGAUUAUGCUGGAGGCGCAUUUUGAAAAGGUGCGCGGGGUGGGGUAUAAGACAAUGGGGGAGGUAAAGAAGAUGGUUGCUCAGACACUGGAUAAGAGUCUAAAUAAACCGGAUGUUAGGUAUGGUAUUCGUGGGGCUUACGAUGUUUUUGGGUAGGAAUUAGGACAUGUGUUAAUGUUUUGCUUGUAGGGAGCAUCUUGCUAAGAAUGUCGAUAUUUGGAUGCGCCUCGAGAAGAUAUUCCAUAUUGCGGUACCACAUCUUAACCAGAGAUCCCUCCGCGAGUCCGUUACCGAAUCAGGUGUUCCGAAUGGCCUCGAUGUCCCGGAGUCUGCGACGCUGAUACUGAAGAAUUAUGAUAUUUUACGGGAGGAUUUACAUUAUUUGAACAACCUGUUGGUGAUUAGUAGGAAUAUGCUGGCGAUUAAGGAAACGGCACAGGAGAUUUGUGCUGCGGUUUCUUUUGACAAGGCUAUUCACCAACUCAUAAUCUUGUGUGUUAAUGUGACGAGUAAAGGGUAUGAUGGGGAAAAUGUUACGAAUGAUGAUCGGGCGAGAUUGUUGGAGAUCACGGAACUCUGUGCGUUUUAUUAUAGAUUGCUACCGUCUCUUACAAUCACUAACUAUUGCCAGACAAGAAAUUACUGGUCACCUGUCUUCAACACACACAUAACUGGACCAUGGGGAAUGAUCGGUUUAAGAUGAUGUUCUGGUAUACAAUGCUGUUUGACAACGACCUACGGAACGAUGCCAACCAAGAACUUCCAUCAGACGAUCUAGAUGUGGGAAAAGUCCAUGACGAAGUCCAAAAUUGGUUGAGGCGACACUCCAGCAUUGAUAGUUUGGCAGCAGACUUACUCGAUAAAUACGAUGCGGAGGUACCUACGGGUCAUACAGCAGGCCCUCUGCCCGAAUCUCAACCAACGACGGACCGGGAUCUUAUGGAGGAAUCAACUACACCUAUAUGGAAACCAGAAAUUACGGACAAGUACGAGCAAGACCGGUUGUAUGCAAGAGUUUCCCACGAAAUCGACGUGUGGUGGAAGAGAGUCCGAGAUGCAAACUAUGAUGGCUGGGUUGUGCCUAUGGAGACUGUGGAAGGUGCAAUGGAGCGAACCAAGUCCUGCAAGGAGAGUGCCAUGCAUAGGUACAUCCUUCGUGGCCAAGAGAAUGACCACCAAUAUGAUCAUGAUGAACAGUAUGAACAAAGUCACGAUGAUGGGCGCGAUGGUCACGACGAGGUUGACGAUCGUUCUAUUCAAGAGGACAAUGGAGAAGAAGAUGAGGGCGAAGAGGAGGAGGAAGACGAUGAUGAUGAUUCAUACGUUGAAGGGCCGUUGAGAGGGUUGCUAACCGAGAUACCAAAUAUCCUGGAUACGAAACAAAUUGAAGCGUUACACAUGACGGUGAAAGCCUGCAUUGUGGAUUCGAUGGGUUCUGGGCUUACGCCGGCUGGUGAAAAUCUUCAGAAAACAAGAUGCAAAAUGUUCUUGGCCCUUGAUUGUGGCAAGAACUUGUUACGGGAAAUGUUAGUCUUCAUUGCGGUCUGGGAGCAAACAGAUCAACAGUUCAUCUUUCAAAUCACCGCCCAAAUCAUCGAAUCAUUCCAUCACAACGCGUUACUGCCGUAUGCGUGGAAUUCUCUUCGAAUCCUCAAGGAUAUCGUCUCGCCAGCUCAAACCGUUCUUCUACGCCUUAUCAACUAUAUGUUUCGAGCCCGAAAAGACAGCCCCAUAUAUGACGACCUGAAAGACUACAAUCGGGACGCCAAACUCAUUCAUUUCUUGUACAACUUCUUCCGAUGCCGCGUUGUACCGGACUGCAUAGCUUUAAUAUGGGCGCAAUCGCAAGUGCGAUCCGGCAAGACUCAUCCAAGCGAUUUUCCGGUCGAUUUGUGGGAUAUGGAGAGGGCAAAGGAUGGCCUUUCUCAAUAUCUCGACUUCAUUUCCGUUAUAGCAGAGAUUCACGAGAUGCGACAUCUUUUGAUUGAAUGGGAAUGUGUCUAUGAACUUGUUUCCUUGCUCAAAGCACUUGAAGCUGGCGUUGCACGUAAACCAAUAGACGAGCGCAAUGUUCCUGGACCAAGUCGACGACCAGGUAGAUCCAACUCCCCAGGAUCAACACCAAACGUCGAACGUCCUUAUGAUGAUCAAAGCCACUCUCAACCUCCUACUAAUCUCCCACCAAUGCACGAUACCCCUCACAAAUUCCCUUGGUCCGGUGUCAAAAUCCAAAUCCUCAUUAUUCUCACCUCGCUCAUUGCACCUACCAACGCCCGUCGAAACGGACCUGGAAACCCGAUCGUGCAACGUCAACUCCUGGAUCGAGGCGGCAUCAUGCCUCUCCUCAAUUGCUGCGUGUACGACGGACACAACGAGUAUCUCAAAGAACGAGCCACGCUGGCCAUCAAGUUCGUCAUGGAGGGAUCCGAGGAAGCGCAGAAGUUCGUGAGGGAUUUGGUGCCGGUCAAACAGGCCCAAGCUGCCCGAGCUCAACAGAGCAUCGAUGGAAGACCUAAGUCCGCUAGUCUUUCUAAUGUUGCGGGGAAUAAGUGGGAGGGGAAUAGGGGUCCCGCGGCGAAGGGGGCGGAGAGUGCGGAGGCUAUGGCGGAGAAGUUGGCGAGGCAGGUUGCUAGUGUGAAGUUGGAGCUUGAUGGGAAGGCGGGGAGGGAGAGGGAGGCUUCGAGGGAGAAAGAGAGGGAGAAAGAGAAGGGGAAGGAGAAGGAGAAUGUGAAUAUUUCUGGGGGAGGUGGGAAGGGUAAGGGGAAGGGGAAGAAAUGA